AUGCCGCUUCCAGGUCUGGGCCUUAUGGCCCGCCUGCACGACGGAGCGGUCGCGCCCCGGGUGGCUUCCAGCGCAGCGCAGCUCAGGCAGCCUCAUUGCGCUCUGACGGGCCCUCGCCUGCGCCAGGUGCGCUGUGCGGCCAAGGUGACGCCGUCCGACCCCGACGAAGACCCGACGCUGACGGCCAUCGUCCAGGCUGCGGCCGCGAACGCCCAGCGUCCCGGCGAAGGCGUCAGCUUGCCGCCCCCCUCGGCGAGCGCCGUGCACAUCGAGCAGUCCACGCUCUCCGCGUCUGACCUGGGCGCCUCCAUGAACGACGGCUUGCUGCACACCGCGGCGCCGCCGGCGACCGACACGGAGACGAGCACGCGCGACAACGGCGCCGCGGCCGCCGACGGCAACGGCAACGGGUCGCAAAAAGGGGGCAAGAAGAAGAGUGGGAAGUCGAAGCGGCGCAAGAUACUGCGGUCGCACGCGAGCAACGACCCGAUCAUCAUGAUCACGCGGCCGCUGCCGCGCGUGCUCCUGGUGCACACGGGGGGGACUCUCGGCAUGGACCCGACGGCGUCCUUCGAGACGGACGGCGAGGGCCACGUGCACGUGCGGCGCGGGACGGGCGGGCACUACCCCGGCUCGCUGCAGCCGGGCAACAUGCUGAUGAACAUCAAGGCCGUCGUCCCGGAGCUCGCGGCGUUCGCGAACCUCGACCUGAAGGUGGCGUUCAAUCGCGACUCGUGUCGCGUCGGGCCGAAGGAGUGGCUGCAGCUCGCGACGCUCCUGCACAAGAACCGCGAUUACUACGACGCGUUCAUGAUCGUGCACGGCACCGACACGAUGGCGUACACGGCGUCGGCGAUCUCGCUGAUGCUCUCGGGCUUCAAGAAGCCGAUCGUCAUGACCGGCUCGCAGCUUCCGCUCAUGAUGCCGCGCUCGGACGCGCGCCAGAAUCUGAUCGACUCGAUCACGUGCGCGACGGCCGCCUUCACGCCCCCGCACGUCCACAUGCAAGAGGUCGCCGUCUGCUUCGGCGGCCGCCUCAUGCGCGGGAACCGCUCCCGCAAGACGGACUCGUCAGUCUACCAGGCCUUUGACUCCCCCAACUACCCCCACCUGGCCGCGCUCGGCGUCGACGUCGACUGGAACCACAGCGCGCUCCUGCGCGUCACGGGGCCGUACCGCCCGCGCCUCAAGCUCAACCCCAACGUCAUUCGCAUCCCAAUCAUCCCUGGGUCAGACCCCCGGACGCUGUACGGCGACCUGCACGGGCGCGGCGUGCGCGGCAUCGUGCUCGAGGCCUUCGGCGUGGGCAACAUGCCGGACCUGGCGUCGCAGGGGUGGAUGCCCUGGCUCAAGCAGCAAACGAAGAAGGGCCUGCAGGUGUACUUGGGGUCGCAGUGUGCCAAUGGGAACCUGCAGCCGGAGCUGUACCGCGCCGGGUCCGUGGCCAUGGCGAUGGGCGUCGAGGGCGGGCCGCAGAUGACGCCCGAGUGCGCGAGCGUGAAGAUGAUGCUCUGCCUCGAGUACCCGGACAUUCCGCUCAGCGUGCCGCUGGCGGGCGAGCUGUAG